AAACACUUUCAAACCAAACCCCCAUUUCAAUUUCCUCCUCUGCGUCUCUUAUUCUGAAUCUCUCUGUUGCAUUUUGUGCGUCACUGUUUCCCUCUCAGUUCUCUGUCCCCUCUCUGGGCCCCUUCCCAUCCCACAUUAUACGCUCUUCGCCGCACCCAUUUCCCCAUUCUUCUCCCCCAACGUCUCUCUCUUCCAUUCACUCUGUUUUUUUUCUCUCUUUUGACUGAUAAUGAUAUGAUCUCUUGAUGGCUCCAUUCUUGUGUUAAUCUUCGUGGGUUUUCGUUUUUCUUCCUAGUUAUGAAGCCUCUUCUGUUUUUUUUUGUGUUCCUUUGCGGUGGUUUGUUUUCCUCCUCCGCCGAUACCGGCGCACAAACCCAACUGGAGAUUCAGGCAUUGAUGUCCUUUAAACUUAAUUUACAUGACCCUCUUGGUGCAUUGACUGCUUGGGAUUCUUCCACCCCGUUAGCGCCAUGUGACUGGCGGGGUGUUGUUUGUACUAAUAAUCGAGUCACUGAGCUCCGUUUGCCUCGUCUUCAACUCUCCGGCAGGUUGACCGAUCAGUUGGCCAAUUUGCGGAUGCUACGGAAGUUCAGUAUCCGGUCUAAUUUCUUCAAUGGUACGAUUCCGUCUUCUUUGUCCAAAUGUGCGUUGCUGCGUUCUCUUUUCUUGCAGUAUAAUUUGUUUUCCGGUGGCCUUCCCGCCGAGUUUGGGAACUUGACUAAUCUACAUGUAUUAAACGUGGCGGAGAAUCGUCUAUCCGGUGUCAUCUCCAGCGACCUUCCGAGUAGUCUGAAAUAUCUCGAUCUUUCGUCAAAUGCCUUCUCUGGUCAGAUUCCGAGGAGUGUUGUGAACAUGACGCAGCUUCAGGUUGUUAAUCUCUCUUUCAAUAGGUUUGGCGGGGAGAUUCCGGCGAGCUUUGGUGAGCUUCAAGAGCUUCAACAUCUCUGGCUAGACCAUAAUGUAUUAGAAGGGACGUUGCCUUCAGCUCUCGCGAAUUGUUCUUCGCUUGUCCAUUUGAGUGUUGAGGGAAAUGCUCUUCAAGGGGUGAUUCCGGCCGCCAUUGGAGCUCUCACGAAUCUUCAAGUUAUUUCACUCUCGCAGAAUGGUCUCUCUGGUUCAGUUCCUUACUCCAUGUUUUGCAAUGUUUCGUCGCAUGCGCCGUCGCUUCGGAUCGUUCAACUUGGAUUUAAUGCGUUCACGGACAUUGUCAAACCUCAGACAGCGACGUGUUUUAGUGCUUUACAGGUCCUCGAUAUUCAACACAAUCAGAUAAGGGGAGAGUUCCCCUUGUGGUUAACCGGCGUUUCCACUUUGUCAGUCUUGGAUUUUUCUGUCAAUCAUUUCUCCGGCCAGAUUCCGUCUGGGAUUGGGAAUCUUUCUGGAUUACAAGAGCUCAGAAUGUCGAAUAAUUCGUUUCACGGUGAGAUUCCUUUAGAAAUCAAGAAUUGCGCCUCGAUAUCUGUCAUUGAUUUUGAAGGGAAUCGCUUAACCGGGGAGAUUCCGUCGUUUUUGGGCUAUAUGAGAGGUUUGAAACGGUUGUCUCUCGGUGGAAAUCGUUUUUCCGGUACUGUUCCGGCCAGUUUGGGAAACCUUUUGGAGCUUGAAAUCUUGAAUUUAGAGGACAAUGGGUUGAACGGAACCUUUCCGCUGGAGCUAAUGGGGCUUGGGAAUUUAACAGUAAUGGAACUCGGUGGGAACAAAUUGUCCGGCGAGGUUCCGACUGGCAUUGGCAACCUGAGUCGUCUAGAGAUUUUGAAUCUCAGUGCUAACAGUCUCUCUGGGAUGAUUCCGUCCAGCCUUGGCAAUCUCUUCAAGCUAACAACUCUCGACUUGAGCAAACAAAAUCUUUCUGGGGAGUUGCCAUUUGAGCUAUCUGGUUUGCCUAAUCUGCAGGUAAUUGCUCUACAGGAAAACAAAUUAUCUGGGAAUGUUCCUGAAGGAUUCAGUAGUUUGGUGGGUUUGCGUUAUUUGAAUCUAAGUUCUAACAGAUUUUCGGGUCAAAUCCCUUCAAAUUAUGGGUUUCUUCGAUCACUUGUUUCUCUGUCAUUAUCAGACAAUCACAUUUCCGGGUUGGUUCCUUCAGACCUUGGUAACUGCUCUGAUCUAGAAACUUUGGAGGUCCGUUCAAAUGCUCUUUCAGGCCACAUUCCGGCGGAUCUUUCUCGUUUAUCUAAUCUGCAAGAGCUCGAUUUGGGUAGGAAUAAUUUGACUGGCGAAAUCCCAGAAGAGAUCUCAAGUUGCUCGGCUUUAGAAUCCCUCCGUCUGAACUCGAAUCAUCUUUCCGGGCCCAUACCAGGGUCGUUGUCAGAGCUCUCAAACUUAACCACGCUGGACCUCUCUUCCAACAAUUUGAGUGGUGUUAUCCCUGCAAAUCUUAGCUCCAUUACUGGAUUGACGAGCUUAAACGUUUCGAGUAAUAACCUAGAAGGCAAAAUUCCAUCCUUGCUAGGCUCUAGAUUCAACAGCUCAUCUGUGUUUGCUAAUAAUUCUGAUUUAUGUGGGAAACCAUUGGCUCGGCAUUGUAAAGAUACAGAUAAAAAAGAUAAAAUGAAGAGGUUGAUUCUCUUCAUUGCAGUAGCCGCCAGUGGAGCUGUCCUCUUGACUUUGUGUUGCUGCUUCUACAUUUUCAGCCUGUUGAGAUGGCGAAAGAGGCUCAAAGAGAGAGCAUCUGGAGAGAAGAAAACAAGCCCAGCAAGGGUUAGCUCUGCUGGAAGUGGUGGCCGUGGAAGCUCAGAAAAUGGAGGGCCAAAGCUUGUGAUGUUCAACAACAAGAUUACACUAGCGGAAACAAUUGAGGCCACGAGACAAUUCGAUGAAGAGAAUGUUCUUAGCAGAACUCGCUAUGGAUUGGUUUUCAAAGCUUGCUACAAUGAUGGCAUGGUACUCUCAAUCCGUCGCCUCUCGAAUGGUUCAUUAGACGAAAAUAUGUUCAGAAAAGAAGCUGAAGCAUUGGGAAAAAUUCGACACCGGAAUCUAACUGUUCUUCGUGGCUAUUAUGCUGGCCCUCCUGAUAUGCGGCUGUUAGUAUACGAUUACAUGCCUAAUGGAAAUCUUGCCACUCUCCUUCAAGAAGCAUCUCAUCAAGAUGGUCAUGUUCUAAAUUGGCCAAUGCGGCAUCUCAUUGCCCUUGGAAUCGCCCGUGGCCUGGCCUUUCUUCAUUCAUCUUCCAUUAUCCAUGGAGAUGUCAAGCCACAGAGCGUUCUUUUCGAUGCAGAUUUUGAAGCUCACUUGUCCGAUUUCGGCCUUGACCGACUAACCAUUGCAGCCUCCGCGGAAGCAUCUACGUCUACUUUGGUGGGCACAUUAGGCUACAUUGCCCCUGAAGCAGUAUUGACUGGGGAAGCCACAAAGGAAUCUGAUGUCUACAGCUUUGGCAUUGUGUUGCUUGAGAUUCUAACAGGAAAGAAACCAGUGAUGUUCACAGAAGAUGAAGACAUUGUCAAGUGGGUGAAAAAGCAAUUGCAAAGAGGCCAAAUUACUGAGCUCUUAGAACCAGGUUUACUUGAGUUGGAUCCUGAAUCAUCAGAAUGGGAAGAGUUCUUGCUGGGAGUGAAAGUUGGAUUACUUUGCACUGCACCAGAUCCUCGUGAUCGUCCGACGAUGUCCGAUAUUGUUUUCAUGCUCGAAGGUUGCCGAGUUGGACCCGACAUCCCUUCCUCCGCCGAUCCCACCUCUCAACCAUCACCGGCAUAACCCAUAAAACCAAAUCAACCAACAACCCUAUUCAUCCAUUCCAUUUCUCAACAUUUUCCCAAGUUGGAAUUUUUAACCGUAACUGAUUUGAAUGUAAUUUCUUCUUUGAUUUUGAUUUUGAUUUUGAUUUUCAUUUUCCCCUGGUUGAAAAAGUGUUCUUAUCCGUUCUUUUUUGGGGUUUUUUUAUUUUCCAUCAUGGCGCUGUUCUUCGUAUAUGAUUGAUUCUGGUGGCAUUAGAUAAAAA